CUCUCGCACAUCCCAACCGUGGGCUACUCGAACCCCAUCCUCUCAUAUAUCACUGGUUUUCAAUUCAUAUUCAAUGCGGACAAGCUGGUCAAGGAGGGAUAUAAGGAGCACAAGGGUGGCCUAUUCAAAGUGGCAACGCUGGGUCACUGGGAAGUGAUCGCUACCAGUCCUCGAGCGAUGGACGAAAUCCGUCAGGCCCCGGACAAUAUCCUCUCGUUCAUUGAUUAUAUGAAUCGGCUCGUCCAAUCAGAGUAUACUAUCGGUCAUGCAGUUGCCUUCGAUCCAUACCAUGUAGGGAUCAUCAGGAACCAGUUAACAAAGAAUUUGGGUGUAAUGUUCUCAAGCGUGAGGGAAGAGAUCGCGCAGGCAUUUGAGGAAAAUCUGGCUUUGGCCGGGCAUGAAUGGACCUCCGUCCCUGCGUUGGAAACUAUGAUGAAGAUCGUAUGCCGUAGUACGAACCGCGCGUGCGUUGGAUUGCCUUUGUGUCGAAACGAAGACUACCUUAAGAUCCAAGCCGAGUUCACGGUCGAAGUUGUCAAAGCCGGGGUGAUCAUCAAUAUGUUUCCGGACUCCUUGAAACCGUGCCGCCUCCUCACCAAUGUCCCCUCGUACAUCGACCGUGCGACAAGACACAUCGGUCCUAUCGUCGAGGAGAGAAGGGCGCGGAUGAAAGAGGCAAAAGAGGUGGGAGAUAAGUGGAAUGAGAAACCAAACGACGUAUUGAGCUGGGUAAUGGAUGAGGCGCCGGAGAACGGACAAGAUGCGAGGAGUAUCACGCUCAGGAUAUUAACCGUGAACUUCGCGGCGGUACAUACUACAACAAACAGCCUCACUUUCGCCCUUUACCGUCUUGCUGCCAAUCCACAGUAUGCCGAAGUACUGCGCGAAGAACUACAGUCGAUUAUGGAGGAGGGGCAGGGAUCGGGUUCGAAGUCGGAGCCGUCGAAAUUUGGCUGGACGAAGGCAACAAUGCAGAGACUUUACAGGAUGGACAGCUUCCUAAAGGAAUGUCAGAGGAUUGAUGGACUUGGUAUCGUCACCAUCACACGAGUAGCUCGCCAACCGUUCACAUUCUCUUCUCCCGUGUAUCCAUCCUCCCCCGUUGACGGUCUCACCCUUCCGAAAGGCACCAUCCUCUCCUCCGCUGCGCAAGCCAUACAUAUGGACCCUGAGGUGUACCCAGAUCCCGAAGUGUUCGAUCCAUGGAGAUUUUCGCGUAUGCGGGAGACUGCUAUGGGAUACAAUAGGAGCAUCAUGAAGGGAAAGCAGGAUGAGCAGGGAAAGGAGAGCAGGGCAGAGCCGGAAGAAGACGUUAGAUGGCAGCUUGUGAACACCACCUUGGAGUAUCUGCCGUUCGGAUAUGGAAAACAUAGCUGUCCAGGACGCUUCUUCGCCGCAAACGAGAUGAAGAUCGUCCUCGCGCAUAUUGUCUCGGAAUAUGACCUGAAGCUGGACCAGGACUACUUGACGAAAAGGAAUGGGAAUAAGUCAAAGGGCGAAUAUCCACAGAACUUUCAUCUCGGCCCUUUUCUCGUUCCGGGAAAGGCGAGGCUGAUGUUUAGACGGAAAGAGCAGUGA